UUUAUCGCAUGGCGCACUCGCACUGGGAUUUUAUACUACACGUUAAAAAAAAAAAAACGUAACAAUAAUUUAUAAAUAAUAUAUUUGUUUGUUUUUCAUAAUAUCAGCACCCACUGGAGCUGAAAAACUCUUGCGCUCAUCUAAAAUAUAUCGAGUAUUUAACUUUCACACCGACAGCAAUUAAAUGCCGCAAGUAAAUAUUGUAAAGAUGGUCAGUUAAGACUCGCCCCGACAUCGCAAGGGAUUGCCGAUUCAUUUGCACUCAUUUUUAGAGUAUGACGACAAUGGAUUCAGAUUCCGAGAGUCAAGACAGCGACGAAGGUAGACGUUUUCGUUUUGAAGCGACACGUAAAGACGCAAUUGUUAAUCAAUUGCACCCCCACCGUCGGAACCCGUCGCCAUUUAGGCCGAAUCGUCGUCCAGGAUCGCGGGACAGGUCGCGGCACGACCGGUCAAGGAGCCACGAGCGACGCAAGGAGUCACGAGGGGACCGGCACAGCGAUCGGCAUGGAAGCGGUCGCGGAAGAAGCAGAAGCAGCUCCAAGGAUCCAGUGCGCGGAAGCAAAAAUUCAAAGGAAGAGUUACGCGGGCGCAAAGACAAAGACGACAGGCAUCGCGAGCACAACCACAAGAGCAUCCACGGCAAAGAGUCCUACGACCGCCGGGACUCGAGGUCAAGAGACUCCAGGUCGAAGGACCCGAGAGACCUGAAACGCGACCGCCGCAGAUCGAGGGAUUCCUAUGAUCGUCGCAGUGACAAACGCGAGCGUGGCCGCAGGUACUCGAGGGAACGCGACAGGCAUAAAAAGUCUCGGGACAACGACAGAGUUCCGGAUGCUGGUAAUAAUGGUGAUAAAACUUCGACGAAUGAUAAUGAUAAUGAUAAUGAUAAUGAUGAUAGAAUCUCAAUACUAUCAGACAACCAAGACUGUAAAGAUUUAAAUUUAAGUGAUUUUGAUAUCGUAUCUGACACUGAAGGCAACUCGCACUCGGAUUCAUCAUUGAGGGAUCGAAACUGGAGAGCCGGUUCUACAGAUCCGAAAAAAUCACGAUCAAGAUCACGAUGUAGGUCUAGAUCCAGGUCCAGGACUAGAUUGAGGACUAGGUCGAGGUCUAAGUCUAGGCCCCGGUCCCGGUCCAAGUCGAAAUCGAAGUCAAAAUCAAUCUCGAGAACGAGAUCUAGACCCAAAACGCCGCCAGUUAUUGUUGUUGAUGAGAUAAUAAUUGACGACGAGGACGAGGAUCAAGACGAAGAGGAGGAUGACGAUGACCUAGGACAAUUUAACACAGAUACCUUCUCAGACAUACUGCUGGGCAAUGCAUCAACAUCAGCUCCAUCAAUUUGUAGUAUUAGUGAUAAUGAUAAAUUAAAAAUAUGUACAGAUUUAAUAGAUAACUUAAGUGAUGAUGACGAUAAUAAGAACUACAGCAAUCUUACUAUUGAUGACGACGAAGAAGAUUCUGUUAAAAUAUUAAGCGGCGACGACUGUUACGGGCCUACUCUGCCACCAAAGAGUACGGCCAAGUCUGAAACAAAAGACAAGAACUCGGAGCAGAAGAUUAUUGGCCCCUGUUUGCCGGACAGUUUGCGAAAAAUUGACGGAGAUGACAAAGAAGCUUUCGGACCGAGUUUGCCGCCCUCGCUGCAGAGACUCGACGAGGACAGAGCGAAGCGGACGAUCGGGCCCUCGUUGCCCAGGCAUCUGAUGGAACACCUUGACGACGAGGACGAUUUCUUGAUGGACGUUGACGUUGACGGGGAGGUUGAUGAUAUUGAUGAGGAAGAGGGCAUGCUGGGACCUCUGCCUGCGGACCAUCCGGCCAUCAGCAGCGACAGGAUUCAGCGGCAGUUGGAGUACAGGGCGAGAUUAAUUAAAGAAGAACUUGCCGAGAUUGACUAUCGGGAAGAAAAAAAACGUGAAGAAUGGAUGACCGAAUUGCCGGCAGUCAGAGCUGCUAAUCUAGGACUGGGUCCGAGAAAAUUUCGUGCUAAAGAGGGACCUGAUUUUUCAGACAGAUCUAGUUGGACUGACACUCCUGCUGAUCGUGAACGCAAACAAAAAGAGCUCAAGAUGGGAAAAAGACCCGCCGAAGCCGUAGAUGAGAGUCCGAAGGAAAAGUCAAGUAAGAGACGUGAAAAAUCACUACUCGAAAUGCAUCAGAAGAAAUUGAAUAAAAAAAGACGGAAAGAAGAAAAAGACGCGAAAAAAAAUAAAACCACAGUACGUAGACCAUUCGAUCGCGACAUCGACAUGCAAGUUAAUCGUUUUGACGACGCACGUAAAAAAAGUAUUUUAAUGAAAGCUCAGGCACUCGACGACAGAUUUUCGCGCGGCAAAAUUUAAAGUUAUGUUUUAGUUUAACUUUACUUUGUUUUUAACUUUUUAAUUUAAUACAUUAAUAUAAAAUAAAAAAAAUGAAAUAAAAUAAAUUUAAAGUGAACACGAGUGAAAGAUAAAACAAGUGACCGGUACGUGAAAUUGGUGCCUUGUUAUAUUUUUUAUUUUUCGGUGACUGCGUCGGUCUUAUCAAUUAAAAAUAAUCAUUAAUUUAUCACUAUUUAAUUAAGUCAAAUUAAUUAAUUGCCCAAUCCAAUUUUCAAAAAAAAUCGUACUGUAAUUUUUUUAAUUUUUGUAAUUUAAUUAAUUAACUUGUUAAUUAAAUUCCAGUCUAAUUUCUGUACAAUUAAUUUUUAUGUAAAUAAUUUCAUAAUUGGUUACUGAUUAUUAAUAUUAUUAUAAACAGUAAAGGCAGAACAUUAAUCAAUUAGUCAUUAAUUAAUAAUUAUUA